AUGGUUGCCGUCAUAGUCUGUGUGCCUGUCGGUGACGUCGAUGGCGUGCUCGGCGGCCAGGAGCGGGACAUGGACCGGGACCGGAUUCAGGAGCUGCUGGAGGAGAACGCCCGGCUCCAGCUGAGCAGCCGCAACACGCUCAACGAGUCGGCCUCGCUGGUGGCGGAGCUGGACACGCUGAGGUCGCACCAGAAGGAUGGCUCCUCCGGCCACAGCAGCCUCUCGGACCAGCUCAGCACCGACGCGCACGGCCGGGCGCUGCGCCUGGAGCUGGAGAACCAGCGCCUGGUCGGUCUGGUCGAGUCGCUGAAGGAGGCCAACGCCCGGCAGAGCAACGAGCGCAUCCUUGAGCUGGAGAAGGAGAACAAGCGGCUCAGCCUCAAGGUGGAGCAGCUGCUGGAGGCGAGCCAGCAGGAGGUGGCGCGGACCGAGGAGCUGGAGCAGGAGCGGUCGCAGGGCGCGCAGCAGACCAAGCGGCUCCAGGAGCGGGAGAAGCAGCAGCUGCAGGAGCUGGUGGAGACGCUGCGGGUGCGCCAGCAGAAGACCAGAGACACCCGCCUGCAGGAGGUGGAGCAGGAGAACAGCGUGCUCACCGUCAAAAACCAGGUCCGCAACGCGGCCGGAAUCUCGCUCCGUCUGGAGGAGGCCGAGCAGCAGAAGGCCGAUGCGGAGCGUGACAACCGGCACCUGCAGACGGCGAUCACGUCGCUGAGGCAGACCUGCGAGCGUCACGAGCGGCUGGAGCAGGAGCACUCCAGCCUGGAGGCCGAGUACCAGCGGCUCACCAAGCUCGUGGACAACAUGAAACAGCAGCUGGACGGCGCGAAGCAGGACAACGCCGCGCUCCAGGUGGAGAAGCGCCACCUGACGGAGCAGGGGCACUCUAGCGCCUCCCGGCUGGAGGAGCUCCAGCAGGAGAAGGAGCAGCUGCUCAAGAGCAGCAGUUCGCUCCAGCAGGAGCUGCAGACGCUCCGGGAUGUCCACAUCAAGUGCGAUGUCCAGCUCUCCACGCUGCAGACGGAGAAGCACAAGCUGGAGAAGACGUCGCAGGCGGUGCAGCGGCGCGCCCAGGACAUGGAGCGCGAGAACCGCGAGCUUGACGCCGAAAACCAGAAACUGCUCAAGACGGUGGAGACCCUCAAGAUGUCGACGCGGCGCCUGAACGAGCUGGAGCGUGAGAACACCGAGUUGGAGGCCUCCAACGACAUGCUCAGCCGGGAGAAGAGCUCGCUGGCCAAGGAGGCGGCGCGCCUCCGCCAGGCGGUGGAGGUGAAGGACGCCAGUGUGGACGAGCUCUCGUCACGCGCCGCGACCCUCGAGCGCGAGGGGCGCCGGCUGACCAAGGAGCUGGAGGAACGCGAUGGGCAGGCUGCCAUGCUCAAGCAGCUCGAGACGGAGAAGGUGCGUGAGUGGACCGGUGGGAGAGCCAGCGUGGGGGAGGGAUCAUGGCUGGGUGCGAAGCUGGUGCAGGAGAAAAUCCGCACGCAGCAGCUGAACGCCGAGCUGGAGCAGCUGAACGGCGAGCUGCAGCGGGUCGGCAUCGACAAGGAGCGGCUGGUCGCCUCCGACUAUACGGUCGGCGAGAGUCGCUUCAAAGCCUUGGAACAGAUGAUGGAGGAGGCUUUGAAAAAGGGGAUGGAGGUAAAAGACCAAAAAAUUGCCUCAUUGGAGGCCAAGCUGAAGGAGGCGCAAGAAAGACAACAGAUGGUGUGCGCCGAGCUGUCGUCGGUGCGUCAGGAGUACCAGCAGCUACAGCAGGAGACGGGUCAGGUCACCAGCGACAGCUCCAAACAGCUGAGCGGGGUCAAGGCCAGGCUGGCCGAGAUGGAGCGCAGGAACAACAACCUGAUCAACGAGCGGGAGAACCUGGCGUGCGAGAAGGAGAGCCUGACGGAGCAGGUGACGUCGCUGCAGGCCGCGGUGGCCAACUUCCAGUCGCAGAUGUCGGCGCUGACGCAGCACAACGUGAACGUGCAGUCGGAGCUGGCCAAGGUGCAGGUGGAGCACACCACGGUGCAGAGCCAGGCGGCCGCGCUCACCGCCCAGAUCUGCACGCUACGCACGCAGGCCUCGGCCGGCCAGGCCGAGAAGGAGCAGGUGAGCCGGCACCAGGAGGAGCUGCGCUCCUCGCAGGAGCAGCUGCUGGCCGACCACGAGACGCUGCAGCGGCUGCAUGAGCAGCUGACGGCCGAGUACGAGCAGCUGAAGCGUGAACAGGCCGCGCUCAAGGGCGCCAACAAGACAGUCAAGCACGAGUACCGCACGCUACAGGAGCGGUACGACGCGGUCACAUCGGGUCAGGACGACCUGGUCAAAAUCAAGGAGACGCUGGAGGAGGAGCGCGAGAGCCUGCGCACCGACACACGCUCCCUGCAGAACCUCCGCGAGGAGCACUCCCGCCUGAAGGACGACUUCCGUAACCUGUUCACGGCCAACGAGAAGCUGAAGACCGAGUACAAGUCGCUGCAGUCCGACUACAGGUCGCUGAAGACGGAGAACAACACGCUGAAGCUGAAGCAGACCGAGGUCCGCGGCCAGAUGUGCGACAACCGCGACCACAUCAACGGCCUGGAGGUGGAGAUCUCCAAGCUGUCCAACCGAUGCGAGGUGCUGACGCAGCUGAACACGGCGUUGGAGGAGGACCGGCGUUCGCUGAUGGGCCAAGGUGACGGUGCUGCUCACCCAGAGAAGGACCACUUCCACGAGGAAGAGCGACACCUGGCCGACAAGCUCAACAACCUGCGCCGCCAGAAGGAGAAGCUCGAGGAGAAGAUCAUGGAGCAGUACCGGCGCAUGGAUAACUACACGCCCAAAAACCCGGACUCGGCCAGCCUCGGUAGCGGCUCGGCCGGCAACGACAGCAUCGACAGUGGACCGGACUCGAUCCGCAAAUCGCCGCAGCAGGGCAAGCUGAGUCACCGGCUGAGCCUGGGCCCGAUGGGGCGCACGCGACGGGCCAUGUACUACAACGACGAGGACGACUCCAUUCCGACCAGAGACGUCGGACCCGGACAGCCCAACGGUCUGACCGGGUGUCGCUCGGAGGUGCUGAUUCGACCCUCCGUCGGCUCCGUCUCCAGCAUCCACUCGGCCGACAUUGUGUCCCUGAAGACGACGCCGACAGCGGCCAACGGCGGCGGCUUCCAGAGUCUGAUCAACAUCAGCGGCGAAGGCCCGGCCACCUCCCCGGACCACACGACCACCAUCUCGAUCGAGGCGGACGAGUCGAGCACCAUCACCAUCAACGGCCAGUCGCCGAAGGAGCGCGCCGCCGCCAAUGCGCUCUGGUACGAGUACGGCUGCGUGUAG